AUGCGGACCCUUUCUCUUCUUCUUUCAGAUGAUUACACCCUGCAUGGCCCAGUUUUUGUUCAAGAACCAAGUCAUAUAAUGUUUCCUUUGGAUUCCGAGGAGAAGAAAGUGAAACUCAGUUGUGAAGUUAAAGGGAAUCCAAAACCUCACAUCAGGUGGAAGUUAAAUGGAACAGAUGUUGACAUUGGUAUGGAUUUCCGCUACAGUGUUGUUGAAGGCAGCUUGUUGAUCAAUAACCCCAAUAAAACCCAAGAUGCUGGAACGUACCAGUGCAUAGCAACAAACUCGUUUGGAACAAUUGUAAGCAGAGAAGCAAAGCUUCAGUUUGCUUAUCUUGAAAACUUCAAGACAAGAACAAGAAGCACAGUGUCAGUCCGUCGAGGCCAGGGAAUGGUACUCCUGUGCGGCCCGCCACCCCAUUCUGGAGAGCUGAGCUAUGCCUGGAUCUUCAAUGAAUACCCUUCCUAUCAGGAUAACCGCCGCUUUGUUUCUCAAGAGACUGGGAAUCUGUAUAUUGCCAAAGUAGAAAAAUCCGAUGUUGGGAAUUAUACCUGUGUAGUUACCAAUACUGUGACAAACCACAAGGUCCUGGGACCGCCCACACCACUAAUCCUGAGAAAUGAUGGGGUGAUGGGUGAAUAUGAGCCCAAAAUAGAAGUACAGUUUCCAGAAACAGUCCCGGCUGAGAAAGGAACAACAGUCAAGCUGGAAUGCUUUGCCUUAGGAAACCCAGUCCCAACUAUUCUGUGGCGGAGAGCUGAUGGAAAGCCUAUAGCAAGGAAAGCCAGAAGACACAAGUCAGAUGGAAUUCUGGAGAUUCCCAACUUUCAGCAGGAAGAUGCUGGCUCAUAUGAAUGUGUGGCUGAAAACUCUCGAGGCAAAAACAUAGCAAAGGGCCAGUUAAUAUUUUAUGCUCAACCUAACUGGGUUCAAAAAAUAAAUGAUAUUCACGUGGCCAUGGAAGAGAGUGUCUUCUGGGAAUGUAAAGCAAAUGGGAGGCCCAAGCCAACUUACAGGUGGCUAAAAAAUGGUGACCCACUGUUAACACGGGAUAGAAUACAAAUCGAGCAAGGAACACUCAACAUAACAAUAGUGAAUCUCUCAGAUGCUGGCAUGUACCAGUGUGUGGCAGAGAAUAAACAUGGAGUUAUCUUUUCCAGCGCUGAGCUUAGUGUAAUAGCUGAAAGUCCAGAUUUCUCAAGAACACUCUUGAAAAGAGUGACACUUGUCAAGGUGGGAGGUGAAGUUAUCAUUGAGUGUAAGCCAAAAGCAUCUCCAAGACCUGUCUACACCUGGAGGAAGGGGAGAGAAAUAUUAAGAGAAAAUGAAAGAAUUACCAUUUCUGAAGAUGGAAACCUCAGAAUCAUCAAUGUGACUAAAUCUGAUGCUGGAAGUUACACCUGUAUAGCCACUAACCAUUUCGGAACUGCCAGCAGUACUGGGAAUGUGAUUGUGAAAGACCCAACAAAGGUGAUGGUCCCCCCUUCCAGCAUGGAUGUAACUGUUGGAGAAAGCAUUGUUCUUCCGUGUCAGGUGACGCAUGAUCACUCCCUGGACAUUGUGUUUACUUGGUCAUUUAAUGGCCACUUGAUAGACUUUGACAAAGAUGGAGACCACUUUGAAAGAGUUGGAGGGGAUUCAGCUGGUGAUUUGAUGAUCCGAAACAUUCAACUGAAGCAUGCUGGGAAAUAUGUCUGCAUGGUCCAAACAAGUGUAGACAAACUCACUGCUGCCGCCGACCUGAUUGUAAGAGGCCCUCCAGGUCCUCCAGAGGCUGUGACCAUAGAUGAAAUCACAGACACCACUGCUCAGCUUUCAUGGAGACCUGGACCUGACAACCACAGCCCCAUCACCAUGUAUGUCAUCCAAGCUAGGACUCCAUUCUCCGUGGGCUGGCAAGCAGUCAGUACAGUUCCAGAACUUGUUGAUGGAAAGACCUUCACAGCAACUGUGGUGGGUUUGAACCCCUGGGUUGAAUAUGAGUUCCGCACCGUUGCAGCUAAUGUGAUUGGCAUUGGGGAACCCAGCCGGCCCUCAGAGAAACGGAGGACAGAAGAGGCUCUCCCCGAAGUCACCCCAGCUAACGUCAGUGGUGGUGGAGGCAGCAAAUCUGAACUGGUUAUAACCUGGGAGACAGUCCCUGAGGAAUUACAGAAUGGCAGAGGCUUUGGUUAUGUGGUAGCCUUCCGGCCACAUGGCAAAAUGAUCUGGAUGCUGACAGUCCUGGCUUCGGCUGAUGCCUCCAGAUACGUGUUCAGGAAUGAGAGUGUGCGCCCAUUCUCUCCCUUUGAGGUUAAAGUGGGUGUCUUCAAUAACAAAGGAGAAGGCCCUUUUAGUCCCACCACGUUGGUGUAUUCUGCUGAAGAAGAACCCACCAAGCCACCAGCAAGUAUCUUUGCCAGGAGUCUUUCUGCCACAGAUAUUGAAGUUUUCUGGGCCUCCCCCAUUGGGAAGAAUAGAGGACGGAUUCAAGGCUAUGAGGUAAAAUAUUGGAGACAUGAUGACAAGGAAGAAAAUGCUAGAAAAAUACGAACAGUUGGAAACCAGACAUCUACAAAAAUCACCAACCUGAAAGGAAGUGCACUGUAUCACUUAGCUGUCAAGGCAUAUAACUCAGCUGGGACAGGACCCUCCAGUGCAACAGUCAAUGUCACUACCAGAAAACCACCACCAAGCCAACCCCCUGGAAACAUCAUAUGGAAUUCUUCGGACUCCAAAAUUAUCCUGAACUGGGAUCAAGUGAAGGCCCUGGAUAAUGAGUCAGAAGUAAAAGGAUACAAAGUCUUAUACAGAUGGAACAGGCAAAGCAGCACGUCCGUCAUUGAAACAAACAAAACAUCAGUGGAGCUUUCUUUACCCUUCGAUGAAGAUUACAUCAUAGAGAUCAAGCCAUUCAGCGAUGGAGGAGAUGGCAGCAGCAGUGAGCAAAUCCGAAUCCCAAAGAUAUCAAAUUCCUAUGCAAGAGGAUCUGGGGCUUCUACCUCCAAUGCGUGUACACUGUCAGCCAUCAGCACAAUAAUGAUCUCCCUCACAGCCAGGUCUAGUUUAUGA